AUGGGUCCUAGUCACGUGCCGACUGAUCACCAUCAUCACCAUCCUCACUCUCACCAAGUUCAACAACAUGGUGGUGGUGGUGUUCAAUCUAUAUACAAUGAUCCAGCGUAUGAGCAACUCUUCUCUCGUGGCGAUCAAUUCAUCGGCGCACCCUCGUGGGAUCAGUUCAACCAAAGCCAUGCUGCCCUUCUACCACAGACAUCGUCUGCCCAAUCCUGGCACCACGGUUCCCCAGUCCCUCAACAAUCAUAUCCCGCCCUGAACCAGCCAUACGGCGGUGCAAGCCAGACAUACCAGAACACAACGCCAUAUACAUACGGUCAAUUCGGAAACAACACCAACCAGAAUCAGAACCAAGGUCACCCUCCAAACCAUACACAGACCCAUGGCUCCGUUAACACCUAUACACAUCCACCAUCCACCGUGGACCCUUCCCUUGGACUUGAUCCCGUUUCUCUACGACAGCAACAGCGCUCUCCCUACCAGAUUAUAAGGAACUCCACUCCACAAGGUCAACCUGCAGUGACUCCUCAGAUCCUGCAACAGACACAGCAACAGCAACAACAACAGCAACAACAACAGCAACAACAGGCACAAUCUCAACCCCAACCACAAUCUCAGCCUCAGCAGCAGCAGCAACAGAAACAACACCUCCAACCUCAACAACAACCAAAUGUCGCCUCUCAGCCGCCUGCACGGACAACCGCCUCUCCUUUCCAAAUACCCAAGUCAACGACUGAGAUAUUCGCCCAACGUGCAAUGCCGACUUCUUUAGCUGUAUUACCCCCUGCUAACCCAAACUUUGAAAUACCAAAGGGUAAGGUGACGGGUGGUUACUAUGUUAUUGAUCAAGCUGCCCUGGAAAGAGGCACUAAAUCUAAAUCCUUGCAUAAAUUCGUGAAUAUUGGUACCGAGCCCAUUCAUCUUGCUAGCAAUAGAACCGCUUUACCAGUGUAUAACGCUCGCCAAUCCAUCAAGGAUUUGAAGAAGGCGGGGCUGGCAAACAAGAAGAUCUUAGAUAAACUGGCGAAGAGACCUUCAUCUUCAAAAUUAAAAUCUAGGAUCCUCUUGUCAGGGAGGUCUGCCGCUGGUAGCCCCUCAGCCUUAAGGAGGGAAGAGGAGGAGGCAAGUGACAGUGAAAGUUACACCGAGUCGUCUGAUGAUAGCGAUUACACAUCGGAUGAAGAGGAUGAGCCUUCGCCACUGCCCUCUUCCCGUCCGGACGAGCCGCAUGAGGCUGUUCGGUACGAUGUGAUCAAGGCAUCGUGGCAUCCCCGCCGGCCGCCCCCCGACACCGAUAAGAUCAAGGCAAGUCUACGGGAUCUCUGGGAAGUACUCAAUACAAUACAGAAGCGAUGGAGGACAGAUAGCAAGGCCGUCACAGAAGCGGAAGAGCAGAAAAAAGUCGGCGACCUUCCCGUUCUCAAAAGCCGCGUGGCAAGUCAGAGAGAUCUUUUGCAGACGGCCUUCAAGGCUUCGUUGGAGUUUUCGCACCCCGAUGUUCUUUACCAUCUUGGCCAGGUUCGACCUUUUGCGUACUUGUGCUACCAGUUUCUUGCGAAUCGUUUCAAGGCACAGGAUUUCGAUGGGGGAUUGUCGUCUGUCAUCUACCAAAUGCUGGCUCGCACCGCCGGCAUGCUGACAAACGAACUGCUUGAAGACACCAAGUUGAUCAAAGCCCUUAACUCCAUGAAGAAGAAUGUCAAUGAUGCAAAUAAGGCACUGAUCCAAAAAGUCAUCGAGGGCGCGGCGGCCAAUUCGAAGAAGCAGAAGGUGAGCCCGCCACCUGCUUCAGAGGCUGCCGAUGCGAAGACUGCAAAGAAACCUCUCACCGCUGCGCCCGCUCGGCCGGGCGUAGACGCCAAUGCAAUCAAAAAGGCAAAGACAUCAGAUGUUGCAGCAAAUGGCCUCAAGAAGACAGCCGUCCCUACAUCGGCGUUAAAAUCCGGUUCUGCGGCUACCAGCACGACUUUGAAGCGGCCUGCAGAUAAAGCUGCUGCGGUUCCCGUGAAAGUGAAAGCAAAUCCUGUCACCAACAAGACAUCAUCUACUUUCUUUUCGAGCCUUAACGCCACCAGCAAAAAACCUACUACAACACCUACCACAGGUCAAGCCAAACCGAACGCUGCACCAAAGCCUGCAGCACAGCCCGUGAAAGACAAGAAGCCCGCGCCUGCCGCCUCCAAGCCCGCGUUCUCUUUCGCGGAGACGAUGGCCCAACUGCUCAAGCCCAAGGAGGAAACAACAACCCCCUCCAAACCCGAAAAACAACUUCCACCAGAGACCCCAGAGGAGAAGGCGAAGCGAUUACGUAAAGAAUCUCGCCGGCACCUACGAGUGACAUUCCGACCGGACGCGAGCCUCGUGAACAUUCGAUAUUUCCACCACGAUCCAGAGGAGGAGCAGGGCCACGACGAAAACUUUGUGCGCGACGCCGGCGACAUUGGUGGCGAAGGCCGCAUGUUCAAGCAACAUAGGGAUAUGGCGGAAGACGACGAUGACGAUGACGAGCCCGAGUUGGAUUACCGUUCAUGGGAUGAGCCCACCACUGUCGAUUUCAGCGUCGUUCCUUCUGACGAACGAGAGCGUAAUUUCGCUCCCUAUGGAGGUGGUACCAGACAGCCUCUGUCGCCUGAGAAGGAGGCCAACCAACGUAGAGAGCAAGUCACUCUCAUGGAAUUCUACAGUCGUCCGGACGACAUUCCACCCACACCUAGAGAACCCUCUGAUGAUGCGCAAACUCAGAGUUCAACGACCAUCCGGGAAUUUGGUGCUCCCCCUCAGAACAUACUUGACCGCGCACCUGCCCCAAUGCCUGCCCUGCCCGAUAUAAGCAAUCUCGAGAGUAUCGUACGUCAAUUGUCUGGCGGCCCACCUCCGCAGAGUCUCGCCCAGAAUGCAUAUGUGCCACCACUUCAGCCAGUCCUUCCUGUCGCCCCUACACAGGCCCCAGCACCGGCUCCGGCCUCGGCACCGGCACCUCCAAUUGAUAUCGGUGCCAUCCUCAGCUCAUUACAGGCUCAGCAGCCGCUUCCAGUCUCUGUCCCGCCAGCGCUUGCCCAAAUUCCGGCGCCCCCGAUGCCUCCUGUUCCCGGGUUUGAUCUGGCAAGUAUCAUGUCUGCCAUUCAAGGAUCAGCAGGCGGAGGCUCUUUUCCACCUCUUCCGGCGGGCAUACCGCAAUUUGCCCAACUGUUCCAGCAGCAGCAGCCGCAGCAACCACCAGCUGGCACGGAUUACCAACAACAGCCGCAACAGAACCACGCAAAUGGGGGCGUGAAACGGCAACGCGAUGAUGGACAUAAUAGCUACAAUAACGACCGGGGCUAUGGCUCUUUCAAGAAGCAGAAGGGCGGCAAAUACGGCGGUGACCGCCCAGCCUACAAAGUCAUACCGUGUCGAUUCUACAAGCAGGGAAACUGCACUAAAGGAGAGGAUUGCACCUUUAUCCACGAUCGAAACUGA